CGACUGCGAAACUCGUGAUCUCUGCUGCAUGACGAUUUACUCGACGAAGCGUGACUCGUUGCUUAAUUGACUCUGAUGAUUUGGCUUGACCAUGCCGUGUCCUGUUUGCAUCUCGCUUGAAUGCUUUCAUCCUCAACCUUUGCACCCAAGCAAGCUAUUCGUCGAAACUCGCCGCCUCGACAAAGGCAAGCAGCCAUUAAGCAUCACGCAAGACGGAACAGAUAAGCUUUUCAUCGCCGACCAUAAUCUACCACUCACAACUGCCAAGACGAUCGAUUCGACCUCGUCGCUCGCUGUCCCUACUCGCGACUGCUCUCUACACGCGUGCCAAUCUCUCGGAUCUUCUGGCAACGCAUCCCCGCCCCAACCUCUGGCAACAUCGAUUCCGUUGUCCGCCCACCGCGCGCGCCCUUGUCACACCUCACAGCGCACCAACCAGCAUGGCCACGCUCCUCUCACCGGAAACGCUCGAGGGCAAAUUGCUGUUUGCCAUUCCAAAAAAGGGAAGGCUGUACGAGAAAUGUUUGGAAUUGUUGUCGGGUGCGGAUAUACAAUUCAAGAGGGCGCAUAGAUUGGAUGUAGCCCUAGUGCAGAAUCAUCCCAUGGCUCUCGUCUUUCUUCCCGCAGCCGAUAUUCCGAGGUUUGUAGCAGAGGGUAAUGUGGACUUGGGCAUCACGGGUCAAGACAUGGUGGCAGAAGCAUCGCUCAAUUCUAGCAUCACCGAAGAGUUGGAAUUGGGAUUCGGCAAAUGCGCGCUUCAAGUGCAGGUUCCAGAAAGCAGCGCUUACAAAGCUCCGAGGGAUCUGGUUGGUAGAAAGAUCGCUACGAGUUUCGAUCGAUUGGCUGGCAAGUACUUCGAAGAGCUGGAGAGUCAAGAGGGCUCUCAAGUUGGGGACAAAAAGACUGCCAUCGAGUAUGUUGGUGGAAGUGUAGAGGCUGCUUGCGCUCUCGGAUUGGCCGACGGUAUCGUGGAUCUGGUCGAGUCGGGAGAGACAAUGCGAGCUUGCGGUCUGCACGCCAUUGCCACACUUUUGCAAUCCCAAGCCGUGCUCAUUCGGCCCACCACGCCGCACGCGCGAGCGAACGUCGCGCUCAUCAAGCUGGUCACGAAUCGCAUCAAGGGAGUCAUUGCAGCUAGCAAGUACGUCUUGGUAGAGUACAACAUCGAAAAAGCUUCUCUGGGCGGCGCGCUAACCGUCACGCCCGGAAGAAGAGCUGCGACGGUCAGUCCGCUCGACGAUGAAGGCUGGAACGCGGUCAGCGCAAUGGUGCUCAAGAGCGAAAGCGCCAACAUUAUGGACCGCCUGGAAGAACUUGGAGCGGUGGACAUCUUCGUCGUGCAGCUGAGCAAUUGCAGGAUAUGACAAGCGCAUCCCACUCUCUCUUCAAAUGCGAAUGCGUACAGAGAUCGCGUUUUCAUUGUUGCGGGCGCCAAACGCACGACGUGCAUAAGAAAUACAGGAGUAGAGAUU